AUGUCUGACGACGAAGAAUACUACGACGAUUUUGACGAUAUCUUCUGGAUCGAAGAGCCUGAACCUGAUGCGGCUGACGACCUGGCUGCGACAGCAACUUACGAUGCCGUUUUCUUUGAAGACCCGUCGUUCGAGGCAGACGAGUAUUACAGUGACUGGGACGAACUUUCCGACGAUUAUUACGAUGAAGAUCCGACGGUUAAACUAGGACAUCGCGUGGCGGACUUAACCAACCGAAGGCCAGCCGGCCAAGGUCCCCAGACGAUACGGAGACGGAAACAAAGCAAUGAUACACAAAAUGGAGGAGGGGGUACUACUCGAGUCGUUUCGUCCAAGGUGCCAGACCAAACCUCUUUCCAGAGUGUUGUUUGGAAACGACCAGAGCACGACAAGAACCCGGUCCAGAUCAUGGUACCAGGCGAAGGGGAGAAGGUCGCAUUACUGAAGAACUGGCGAGAAGUCUUCAAGAACUCCCAUCCCUCGUUCGGUCGUUCCCGGGCAUGGAGACAACAGAAAGUUCUUGAUUAUCUCGAUAACUCUGUUCCAGAAUUUGCGCCUCCGGACCCGGUUAAGAAUCUCGUGGUGGAAGAUGAGACGUCAAGGGAUGUCAGCACUGACCGGACCUCGGGGGACAGUGGAUCUGGGGGAUAUGCCUCGAAUACUACUCUGGAAAAAUCAGUCUCUCCACCGUCUGUGCAAGAUGACAAGGUUGUGAACCCAGCUUUGGUAAACGACUUACCGAUGAACAAUGAUCCUUCGCAACCCUCCGCACCAUCCAAUAAAGAAUAUAACAACAAUAAUCCGGAUACCACAUCAGGAGCUCCGCCUCCCGCUUCGUCGCCUGUGAAGGGUAAAAAGCGCAAGGCUUCUAUCUCCAUUGACGGGGAUCAAUCCAAAGGACGCAAGUCAAAGCGCGUGGCGGCUGGCCAAGAUACACAGGCAGCGCCAGCACCGGGACCUGUACGGAGGUCUGCUAGACAAACAAGAAGUCAGAAAUAG